UUAAUAAUGGCUUAUUUUGGUCAAAAAUUCGCACAAACGGUGCAUGUGGUAGGGGACAACAUGGGUUGGACCGUACCAAGCAAUGGCGCAGUUGCUUACACAAAUUGGGCUGCUGGAAAAACAUUCAGAGUUGGCGAUAUUCUAGUGUUCAAUUUUGCGACUGAUCGACAUGACAUGCAACAAGUAGAAGAAACUUCGUUCGAUGGAUGCAAUUCGCAGAAUGCAAUAGGCGCUGCCAUAAUGACAGGACCAACAAAUAUAACUCUUAAUUCUACUGAUGAUCACUAUUUCAUUUGUACUAUUGGCACACACUGCCAAGGUGGACAGAAAUUAGAAAUUUCAGUUUUCGACGACAGCACUAGUACUCCAGGUACCAACCCACCUACACCAUCUGUUGAUGGACCUACAGGUUCCGUUCUCGGUGGUGUCGUUCCUCCUCCUCCUCCGCCUUCGUCCUUAACGACCGUAUUGGCCAGCUUUGUGCUCAGUCUAUCCGCAAUUGCCUUUGCCAUUUUUCAUUAAAUUGGACCAUUUAAGUAUGUUUUGAGAUUCAUAUAGUUUAUAGAUGUACUACGAUGUAACCAUACUACAUUGUAUCGGAUUCAGUUUUGUUUUAAUUGAUGAUUGUAUUUGGGAUAUUUUCCGAGUUAAAGGUUAAAUAAAGGUAGU